AUGGCUGGUUUUAAUCCAAACCAAGCUCUUGAAGCACUGAGCCGGCGGCUGGUGGAGGUCUGGGCCUCGCAGCCCGAGGAUGCCGAGGCCUGGAUCGAUGGCUUGCGAGGUGCGACAAGGCAGGAGAAGCUCUGCGAAGCGCUGCACCGGCACGGGCUGAGUGAAGUACUGGGACGGCUGGCGCUUCUCCGAGGCGGGGCUCCUUCGAGACCUCCAGCAGCGGAUCGGGAGCCCGAGGCGGCUUGGUACCUGCAGUGGCCCCACAUCCGCAAUCGCUGCCGGGAGCUCGCGGAGACGGCCCGGAAGCGGCAGAAGCUGGAGGAGGAGACCUCGGAGCGCCGUCGCCUCGAGGCGGAGCUCCAGAAGUCGCAGCAGGAGAGCCGAGAGCUCGGCAAUCGCCUGGCCGCGGCAGAGGCGCAGGCGCGCAGCGCACAAAGCGAGAGUGCAACUCUCAAAGCGCAGCGCAAAAAGCUCGCAACUCGCGCUGCAGCUGCAGAGUCAGCUGUGACGGAGAUGCGGCAGGAGCUUCAGAUGGCGCAGGACGAGCAUGGCAAGUGCCAGGAGCGUUGCGAGGAGCUCGUGGCUCGGUGGGAGGCAGAAGCAGCUGAGCAUGCAGCGACCAAGGAGCGUCUCUCACAGACCGAAUCCGAUGCUGCGGAAAGGAGGGUGGAGGUGGAGCGGCCGCAAGAGGAGAGUCGCGGGUUUCAGGAGCGCUGCCAGCAGGCGGAGGCGGCCCGCUCGGUUUUGUCCGAGAGCAAUAAGGUGGAGCUACAGCUCGAGAAUGCAAGGCUCCAAGAGCGCUGCGAACAGUUCCAGCAGCAGCUUGCCAAGGCAGAGGCCGAGAGAUCGGCGAUGCUCGGUCAGAUGCAAGUUUUGUGGUCAGAGACGGGCAUGAACAAGGAACGCAUUCGCGAGCUGGAGAGGCACCUACAAAACGCGAAGAAGUCCCAUCAUCGCACCUCCGGUCACAACCCCCUUAGCGAAGCUUCGUGCGAGGAGGCCACCGACGGCCAGCAGCCCGAUCUUGCUGAGCAGCUGGGAUACAGCUUUGUGGAUGACGACGGCACAUCCUCUUCGGUCUUGAGCUGCUCCUCUUGGUUCUCGGUGAAGCUGGACUCCAUGGAACCUCACUGCUUCAUGGUCGAUGCCAUCUUCAAGACGCGGAGCUACGGCACCGACUUCUUCUUGAUGGGGCGAGACCUGAAGAAAGGCUCGCAGGUGGUGGCCGGAGAUGACGCAUCGAUCCUGGAGGUAGCCAAGACGCCGGAGAUCUGCGAAGCCAGCGAGGUUGUCGAGUUGCAGGCGGGAGAUGCCGUGCUACGGGUGACCCCAGACCACUUGGUGCAGGUCUCCCCAAAGGGCGACACAGAGGAGAGCCUGUACCUUGAGGCUGGCAAGCUGAAGGUGGGCGACCUGGUCAUGCUCGACUCCGGCGAGCCCGUGGCCCUCAGCAGCGUCGUCAUUCGGCCCAUUAUUUGCCAGGUGCUGAAGAUCGUCUUUGAGCCCUACCUGCCCGUGGCCGUCUUCUCUCGCCCCACCUGCAUCCUCAGCUUGGGCCACAAGAAGAAGCGGCCCAUUCGUCGUGGUGGAAGAAUCCGGGAAGGCGCGGGUCCCUCAGAUGACAGCAUGGACGGCGGCGUUUCUGUGCCGAUUACGGCGGGUGAGUACAUGGACUAG